AUUCCUCGGUCGUGCAGCUACUAAUUUAGCUUGAUAGAGAGAGAAAUUAAUAGAGAGAAGGCGCCAUCACCCAAAGCUUAACGAACGGAUCAAAUCAUUCCCACCGAACUAUCUACUAGUCAGCAUUGGGCGCCCCACUGCUGAUAUGGAAGAAGUUAGGAAGAACCUUCACAUCGCCGAAGCUUUUUUGCGAGUAUUUAUCUCCGCUUGCCCCUCUUGACCUCUCUUCAGCUGCUUAUCCCCCUCCCCCUUUUAUCGCCUACAAUAUGCGUCGCAUCGCUACUGUCGCUCGUUGAUUUCGCAUCUCCGCCUUGGAUGGUUCCUGCAUCACAUCCAACAUGAAUUUUAAUGUCCGACAGGUGCAGACGCAGCUCUUCCGGCUGACCGUCUCCACCGCUUCCCUCUGUUUCCUGCUCUUCCUCUACAUCUCCUUUGAGUGGUCGCCAUCUGCCUCCGCUGGAUUCAGCGCAUCGAGUUACGAAGAUGAUCUCGAUUCCGCUGUUCCCGCCAUCUCCGCCUGCAAUGGCUUCAACCCCGCGACGGUAGCUGAUGUUCUGGAUGAGACCCUCACCGCCAAACUGCCCAUCAAUGGCAGCGCUGUCGAUGACUUUGUCUGCAGCAUCAUGACUCACGAUAUGAGUCUGUCUGCGAAGCUGGACUGUCCUGCGACCAUCAGCCCGCGCUAUGCCGAUCUCCCGGUUCACGCAUCCAAGAGCCUCCUAUCUAAACCUAAGAUCAAGUAUUUCUUCGCUCUGGAUCUCUAUCAAUCCGCUCACAUUAUGCUUCCCUUGAUGGGCACUAUCGUCGAGACGAUGCGCUUCCUCGGUCCCGAGUAUUGCGCUCUCUCCAUCGUCGAGGGUCGUUCCACCGACGGGACCUAUGAUAUUCUCAAUCGGUUAAAGAGCGAGAUGGCUGCCAUGGGCGUGAGAUACUAUCUUUCCACCAGCGAUCUCAACCCCAAAGCGGUAUGGGAAGACCGUAUCAAGCACCUCUCGACCCUGCGCAACCAGGCUCUCGAGCCGUUAGUCUCUGCCGGAGCGGGAAAAUUCAAGCCGUACGCAGCGGACGCAACGAUCCUGUUCAUCAACGACGUCGUUCUUUGCGUAGAAGAUCUGCUCGAGUUGUUGUAUCAGCACCAGAAGCAGGACGCGCGCAUGACUUGUGCCUUUGACUGGAAUGCCGCCGGUGGGCCAUUCUACGACUCGUGGGUAUCGCGCAGCAUGUCCGGCAAUCUCUUCUUCGAAAUCACUCAUGAUGCACGGUACUGGCUCACCAAGGACAUGUUCUUCGAUGACCAGCCGAAUCAGCAGCGAUAUGCAAGGAAGCUGCCGGUACAGGUCUAUUCGUGCUGGGGUGGCAUGGUCAUCCUGGAUGCGGCGCCCUUUGUUCAAAGAAAGCUUGAGUUCCGCAACCACAAAGACGGCGAGUGCCAUAUGGGCGAGCCCACGUUGCUGGCCAAAGAUAUGUGGGGCCAAGGACUGGGCAAGAUCUUGGCAGUUCCUUCAGUGAAUGUGGCGUAUGAGUACAAAGCAACUCGUGAGGCCAAGAACGGCCAAGGAUACGUGCACAAUGUCCUCGAAAGCGCAGACUACAAAGCGGGCAAGGAAAUGGUUGUAUGGGAGAAGGAGCCACCCGUUCGAAUCAAGUGCAUGCCUUUGUUUAAUCAACAAUCAUGGGUGAAGUCUACAUGAUUAUACCCUUUGUAUUUAUAUCACAUCUCUUUGAAGCCUGGAUAUAGAUAUUACUGAUACCCCUACAUGAGCCAUGCAAUGUCUGAAGUUCCCAUUUCCUCGCAAUUUUUGAUGCAUCAUGGCCCCACUGCCACUCUCAUGCUUGCCCAAUAUCCAGUUCAGCCGGUCACAACCGUUCACUACUUGGAACGGUCGUCUUGUCGCACCGUGACAAUUAAAACGGUGGCUGUAAAAAAAGGG